AUGGCAUUCUCUCGGGCGGUCCUGCGUGUUCCAGGUGCUCCUGGGCUUUCUGUGCGGCGCUCUAGCCUGCACGGCUUGGGUGUCUUCGUGGAGCAGCGCUUCGUGCAGGGCCAAACCAUCGAAACCUGUCCCUGCUUGUGGGUGGCGAAAACCUCAUUGGGCGAGACCGUCUCGCCCAGCGGAACGCCGUCCACAGUGGAGCUGUUGGACUAUCUCUACGCCCCGGGUCGCCGAGGUGCAGAGACUCAGGACCGGCUCCUGCUGCCCUUGGGCUUCGGCCUCUCCUACAAUCACGGGGAGAAUUGCAACGCCACCUACAAGGUCUAUCUUGAAGAUCCACCACUCUUGGUCUUCCGGGCUUUGCGCGACCUCGCUGUGGGCGAGGAGGUGCUCAUUGACUACGGUGAGGACUGGUGGAGGAAUCGCGGCUGGCGGCCCUUGUCGCCCGGCUUCGCGGUCUUUCGACGCAGCUCCGUCGGUCGCGACAAAAAGGGUGCGUCAGUCAGGGCUUCCGCUGCAGCUGGGCACUUGGAGGAUGGAUUUCUUCGCAAAGUGGACUGGAGGGGCCAGAUGCCUGAAGACGAAGGGGCUCCGCAAGCUCCCAAAGAGACGGAGCCAGGCUCCUCCGGCGCCGAGAGCGACCUGGCACGGAAGGUGAUCUUGUUGCAGUCGCUUGGCUUCCCUGAAGCGUCCUGCCGCAAAGCCUUGGAGGCCUCCAAAGGCGAUCCCGAUGCAGCCGCCAAUCAGCUCUUGGCCGAGCGCCUCACCGACGGUGCGACAUGCUGCGACUGA